GAAUAUUUGAUUUAAUCUGAUUUUUUUAAAAGCGCGGUAAAAUGUUGACCAAUUAUAAUCAUAUUAGUGUAAUUAAUCAUAAUUAUCAUUCAGUAAUUGAUUAGUGAGAUGUUAGACAUGGAGAUUAAAGUUUUAGGUUAACAUUGACAAUGGGGGCAACACUGGGAACUAAUUUAAAGUUAUAAUUCAUGUAACUAGUCCCUCCUUGAGUGUGGAAAUUUAAUAAUAAUAAUAAACCUCUAGAAAUGGCUGUGCAAUUAGACUCUAAUGGGAAAGAUGAUUUAAAAACACAAUUUGCAACACGCGAAGGAACAUAUCGUGUUAUGACUUCUGCAGAAUAUUCCAGGCCAAAUCGUGUCGGUUAUAGUAAUAAUCAAGGAUCAUCUCAAGUUAAAGUUUCUUUAGUGUCAUUACCACAGGAGCCCACUGGCAGUGAUACGAUAAAUGGCGGUGACAGAAUUUGUUUUAAUUUUGGUAAAGAAUUGUAUGUCUACCCCUACAAAGGUGUCAAAAAGGCAUCAGAUUUACACAAACCUGUAGAUAAAAAAUUAUAUAAAGGAACAAGUCCAAGCUGUCAUGAUUUCAAUACUGCUGUCGCUGCACCUGAAGGUGCUCCACUUUUAGUAGGUUUUAGUACUGGGCAAAUUCAACUUGUUCAACCUGGACGAAGAGAACCAGGCAGAUUAUAUAAUGAAGAGAGGUUAAUUGAUAAAACAAAAGUUACUUGUUUACGCUGGGUACCAGGAUCUCCGAGUCUUUUUCUAGCAGCUCAUGCGUCUGGUUAUUUGUACCUUUAUAAUGAAGAAUUAUCAUGUUCCCCAUCUGCCCCCCAUUAUCAAACAUUUAAAAGCGGAGAAGGCUAUACUAUACAUACGUGCAAAACAAAAUCCACAAGAAAUCCAAUCUAUCGAUGGACGAUAGGAACUGAGCCAUGUUGUGUGAAUGAAUUUUGCUUCUCUCCCUGUGGUACAAAUUUAGCUGUAGUGUCUCAAGAUGGUUUUCUACGUGUGUUCCAUUAUGAUACUAUGGAACUUAUCGGGAUAGCAAGAUCUUAUUUUGGCGGUUUUCUUUGUGUUUGUUGGUCACCUGAUGGAAAAUAUAUAGUUGUAGGUGGCGAAGAUGAUUUAGUAACAAUUUGGUCAGUACAAGAACAAAGGGUUGUAGCAAGAGGCCAAGGCCACAGGUCGUGGGUUUCAGUGGUAGCUUUUGACCCUUACACCACAUCAUAUUCACAAUGGGAUGGGCCUGAUUUUUCUGAUGAUGAAGCACAGAAUGAAAAUAGUAACCAUUACCAAGACGCCACUGGGCCGGAGGGAUGUAAUUCAAAUCGGAGAAACUCUGGAAGCAGUGGGAGAAAUUCAUGUGCAAAUAGCUUGAGCAAUGAUGCAAAACAAGCUACUUGUUAUAGAUUAGGAUCUGUUAGUCAAGAUACCCAGUUAUGUUUGUGGGACAUUACAGAAGAUGUCUUACGACAACCCGUAGGAAUAAGAAAUCGUUUAAGUAGUAAUGAAAUGAUGCAUACAGGGAAUGGUGAUAUGAAUUGUGAUGGUGAUAAUAAAAAAGUGACUCCUGGACCUUCUUCUAAUAAAGACAGUUUAAAUGCAGUUGGUAAUUCACAUAUAUCAAAACAAACAACAAACACUAGUCUAAAAACAUUUGAAGUGUCUAGCAAUAGUAAAUCUAGUAGUAAUGUAGUUAAUAACAAAAAUACUAAAAAUGUGAAUAAUGUUUUAAACAUAACAGUGGGAAACUUUAGUUUACCGUUAAGUAAUGAUGUGAGUAAAUCUAACUCCACUCAGAAAACUGAAACUAGUGGUAAUUCAUCAGGGGCGUCAAUGACUAUGAACUCGUUAACUCAGCGAUUGACAAACUUUAGUUUUGGUGAUAGGAAAAGUAACAAUGAAAAUAAUUCUGGAGUGCAUAAAAGAAAUUUUAGUUUAUCUUCUAAGAUCAUACAAAAUAAUGUUGGUUCAAAUUCUUCAGAACCUCAUAGAUAUUAUAAUGUUUUAGGCAAUAAUAGUGCUAGUGCUUUAAGUUCGACACGAUAUAACAAAUCAAGUUUAGGACCUAAUGAUCCCAUGCGUUUGAUAGGUACAGCCGCAUGUCCUAGGUUUGAUGAAUGCCCUGUUUUGGAGCCUCUAAUUUGUAAAAAAAUUUCUCAUGAAAGAUUGACCGCACUAAUCUUCAGAGAAGAUUGUUUUCUUACUGCUUGCCAAGAUGGUUAUGUAUAUACUUGGGCACGACCUGGUUACACGAAUUUGCAAACACAAAUGCACCCCAGUCCGACGACUACGCAGAGCGGUACAGUCGUUUAGUUAAUUUGUAAUAACAAAUCUAUUAAAAUAAAUAUAUUAUUUAUUUGAAACAAUGUGUGAAC